GCCAGUUCGUGACGAUAAAUAGUUGUUACAUAUCUAUGGUGCAGUUUCUGUUUCUGCUGCCGGGCGGUUUGUGGUUCAGCACCGUGGGAGGCAACGGAGUGGCUUUAGUAUUUGACUCUCGUUGGACUUGAUAGGAUAGUCAUUCAUGCACUAGUCAGACAAGUAGCCAGCUGAUUUCGAAAACAACUUUUCGCUCCAUCGGUCAACCGUCCGGGAAGUGGUGUGAGUGAGUAAAGUGCAAAGUUAGUGGAAAAUUUUGGUGGCUUGAUAUCGGCCGAGCUGCUCAUCGUCGGACUCGGAGUUGUGUUCAUUUAUCGACUGCCGCCGGCUGUGACUGUGUGGUUGGCUUGGGUUGCAAAGAAAUGGCGAAUAACAGAACUGUUAUUGUGUUUGGUUUUUGUUAGCAGUAAUCUUUCUCAGAAACGGAAGCUUUAGUUUGAAUUUGUGUCAUUCUUCGAAAAAAAAUAGUACAACUUCUUUUACCUGUUUGUACGACCGCGAGCCAUGUAUUGCAGUGCUUGGUUUAUGUGAGCUAUGCAAUUAUAUCAGUAACUAGAUGAGAGCAGUUGGGCACACAGCAAACGAUACCCGGGAAAUCUUGGAAUCAUAUGUUUCGUUGAUAGUUGUGUUAGUGUUAUGAAAGAAAGGAGCAUAUUUUGCAAUUCAAUUUACUUCUGACAUCUUACAGCACACGGUAUGUUAGACACUAGUUGCUCAUAAUCGACAUUUGGAUAUGGAGAAGCUAAGGGCGGCCAGGAAGAUUGCCCCAGAUGGCGGAUGGGGUUGGGUGGCCACCUUUGGGGUGAGCUUGGUUAAUUUGGCCACGCGUUCGAUCGAGCCUUCUUUUGGGUUGCUGUUUGGCGAUUUGCUCCACGAUUUACAGGUGGGGACCACUGGGGCGGCAAUCAUCAUCAGUACCCUGGAUGUGAUGAUGAACUUCUCCGGACUGUUUGUAGGUCCGCUUUUGAAGGAAUUCUCUUACCGAAAGGUAGCCAUCGCUGGAGCACUGCUUUGCUGGUUGGGGCUUGCGCUUACCUCACCCGCUACCAGCAUGGCGCACAUUUUGGCCACUUACAGUGUGAUCAAUGGUAUUGGCGUUGGUUUGGCCACCUCGGCUGCAUUUGUAGCACUGAAUCACUACUUCUCGAGAAAACGGGGCCAAGCGGUCGGUCUGUCAAUGGCCGGUACCGCACUGGGAAUGCUUAUCAUGCCUCAGUUGGUGCGCUACUUGUUGGAAGCGUACGAUUUCCGGGGAGCUGUCCUGUUACUCAGCGGGCUGGCUUUACAUGCUGCGGUUGGAGCUACUCUGCUGCAACCCAUCAAGUGGCAUCUGAUAGAGGAGGAAGUUGAUGUUGAAAUGGUGGAAUCACCACAGAUGGGCAUCAUUUUGGAACAGGAAGACGAUGGAGACAACGAUAGUUUGCCGGAAAUUAAAACGCUUUUGUUUCCCAGGAGAGAUCGGAAAAUGUCCGAGAAUGCGUCGUCACCACAACCGAACGGGAUGCCAAGGAGGCCAACGUUUCCACGGAUAACGUCCAGUGCUAGUGUGCAGAUUGGUGCACCUGGCAUUGGAAUGAGAACGCGACCGUCCUUCCCACGAAUAACAUCAACUGCUAGCAUGAGUCUGGCAUUGAGAAAAAGGCGCGAAUCGGUGGUUUCGCAGCUUUCGACUUUAGAUUUCACCGGCAGUGGAAGUUGUAUGCAUAUUCAUGUUGAUACAGGCGAUGCUGAUGCUGAGGAUGUUGAUUACCAGAUUAUUCGACGGGUGAACACACAUGUUGGAGUAUCAACGAUGAAUUCGUUUGCUCGAAUACCCAAAACUCCAAAACGGAUCGAAACGGUUAAGUCCGAACUAGGUCUGGAGAUGAUAAAACCCAAGGUAUCCUUCCUGCAAAGAUUCACCGCGUUGAUGGAUGUCGGUUUGCUAAAGGACGUAAUAUAUUUGAACAUCCUAUUUGGACUGUCAAUUUUCUAUGUUGCCGAAAUGAAUUUCAAAAUGGUAACGCCAUUUUUCUUGGCCAGCCUUGGAUUCAACAAGAGCGAAGUGGCGUUCUUCCUAUCUGUUUCGGCACUAACGGAUAUAGCAGCACGUGUAAUUGUGCCCCCAAUAGGAGACAAAUUACGCAUCCGGAAGCGGUUACUUUUUAUGAUUUCGUUAAUUUUCGUUGCCAUCACUAGAUCGAUCGUUGCUGAACAACGUGGUUAUACAGAACUUAUGGUUUGGCUUUCGAUAACCGGAUUUUUCCGCGGAAUAGCUCUCGCUAACUUCACCCUCUGUGUGUCGGAGUAUUCAUCGCUGGAGAAACUUCCGGCGGCCUUUGGGUGGCACAUGGUUGGGAAAGGAUUAUUUGUGAUUGCCUUCGGUCCACUUAUCGGAGCGAUCCGUGACUGGACUGAUAGUUUCCCAAUUUGUAUUCACUCGCAAUCAGUGUGUAUCUUUUUGUGUGUUUUUGCGUGGACGAUCGAAUUCGCGAUCAAACGUUUUCGAGCGAAGAAAGUAGUUGAGGCGAACCCUAGCGUUGCGGCAUAAGCUUAAAUUGACUUCCUAUGUUAUUUUUCUGAGUGUGCAAAAUUCUGUCCGUUUGAUAAAAUAUUAAAUCGUUCGCGAAACACUCAAUACUGAUAGGGAUUUUAGACAAACUAACACAUUUAGUAACUAAUUUUCAUAUAGGUAAUUAUUUUUACCUUUAUAGUGUAAGUAAGAGACUGCGAUAUAUACAUAUUACAACAAUAUAUAAUAAGGAUGCAUGAAUGCGAUCGGCUUGCACUUAAUUAAUAUGCUUUUAAACUUAUAACAAUGAGCUACAAGUUUUGUCGGUUAACUUUAUUCCCAUGAUAAUUGAAGAUUUCAGUUUACAUUUGAAUGAGCCAAUAUUUUUAUCACAUACUUACUGUGCAUAUUAAAAUGAGUAUCAUCAAUAAGUAUCACUCAUAUUAUUACCCUUGUACUCAUCUGUUAGUAUUUUAACUAUCGGUUCAGUAUUACUCUAAUGUAUGUUGCUGUGGUAGGCACGUGCGAGUGUGUUUAUAUCUCCAGAACUCUUUACAAUUAGAGUUUAGGCCUUAUAAAAAAUGAGGUGAUGAAAGGAUCACAACUGAUUGUUGAAGAGCUCAGUGCGGUAAAGUAAUUAGUAGUAUAGAAAGCAGUUUUGCUUAGAUCAAAUUAACACGCAAUGGAAAACAUAUGAGUAGGAGAAUCUCAUACAUUCUCAUUAAUAGUGAUCCGCAAAUACAUUGGAAAAUGUUAGAGCAGAUACUUGAUAUAUAAA